CCUCUUUUCCUGAACUUUAGAAACGCUCGUCGUCGCUUUGCUCUGUAGUCUGCAUCGUAACCUCAGUGCAAUACUAACAUGCCCGAACUCGUCGCACACCGUAUCGUUCCUGGCGCGCCCCCGCCACCACCUGUGUCCAAGUCUCAGAAGAAGAAGCGUAAGACUGCUAAGAAACCCGGGGACGCGCCAGCAGAAUCUCCUGUAGCUGUGCCCGACGCGACAUCCGCUGCCCUCGUCGACAAGGCUCCUACCGAAGCGGAUGUGAGAGAGGGAUCUGUCGCGCCGGAGCUGGUAGCUAAACCUGAAGACGGUACCCAACCAAAUGAACCUUCGAAGCCGGCUCCGUCUGUGGAGCUUGUGCACAAGAGGAUAAAACACGUUGGCAAGAAGAUUGCUCGAAUAAAUACAUACUCUUCCAAACCUCCUGAAGAGCUCAAUGAAGACCAGAGGCGUACGUUAAAGACUCUGCCCGGUCUUGAAGCAGUUCAGAAAGAACUGGAGGAGGUUAAAAAGGCUCUUGAGGCUCUGGAGCUGGAAGAGGCUCAAGAAGAGGCCUUGAGGCGUGCCGAGGCCCGAAGAGCUGAAGAGCAGCGCAUAGCCGAGGCCAUCGCGUCCACGGAGAGGGAGUUCAUCUCUAGAACCGCUGAUAUGCUGGCUUUCCUGCGCUUGCCUAACCUGCUAUCGUCUGGUCACCCUUCUGCAUUGGCUUUGAACCUUGAUGAUACCGAGGGGACCGCUGUCUACUCUGCCACUGAAGUUCUACUGGGAGAAGAUAUCGACGGCAAACAUCAUAUCCUCAAUGGUCUGUACUCAAGUGAAGGAGAAUUCAACGGUGUAGCAUUCUCUCGACUACUUGAGAUCACCAGGACUUAUCUCAAUCCUCCAGUCGCCCCAUCCACUGUUCCCGAUGAGGUGGACGCCAGUUCGGUAGCGCCCGUAUCUGAGGUUGGCGUCAAUGGACAUGUACCGGAGCCUCAGGUUGGUGUUGCGGGCGUGCCUUCAUUUGCUCCUACAGGUGGUUUCCAUUUCAUGCAAGAUAGUGAAUUGGAGUCGCCGUCCUUUGAACCCGAGGAAUCUUCAUGGACAGUGGUGCCAGAGCCUGUCGCUGAAACUGCGCCGGAGACCCACGUAGAAGAGGUUGUAGAAACUGUCGAGACUGUCACCGGCAACGGCGACGUCGUGGUGGAAGAGACUGUCACAGUCGCGGUAACCACUGAGGAGCCGGCUGCGCCUGCGGCUGACGAGGGGGUUAACUGGGCAGACGAUGAGGAAAGUGGUCUGCCAUCACUAGCCGGCUUACACGCCAAGUUCGGUACGUCAGGCACCGGGACUCCUGCUGAGGCUACUCAGCCCGUGGAGGCUGAGGUCCCCUCAGGCGGGCCUCAUGCGAACGGCGUCAAUGGCGUACCGCAGCCCCGUGAGGACGGCUUUGUGCCUGCGCGAGGCGGGAGAGGCAGAGGUAGGGGAUUCAGGGGCGAUCGAGGCGGAUUCAGAGGAAGGGGAGGUGACAGGGGCGGCUUCCGCGGUGAGCACCGUGGUCGUGGCGGAUUCAGAGGGGGGUUCAGAGGCGAGGGAGGUGAGAGAGGAGGUCCUAGGGGAGGGUACCGCGGAAGGGGUGGCGGAGACGGGGAGUGGAGAGGUGGCCGCGGUCGCCCUCGUGGUGACAGAGGAGGUUUCCAUGAAGCGCGAGGCGCCCCGCCGGCGUAAUAACCUGGCGGUAAAAGGGCAUCACUUGCCCACAAACAGUGUUACCGUUCUGAGCCUUGCUUUCCGCCCGCUUGGACCUUUUAUGCUGUCAAGUUUCCGACUCCUGUACAUACGCACAGUCGCAAGUCUCUUGCAAUUGAGCCAGCUAUCCUUAUUUCAAUUAUCCAUCCUGGCCAAGCUGAUCGAACCGGGUUUAGACUGCAUUUGAUGCCCAUCACAG